AUGCUAUUUAUUGCUAUUAUUCACACGACGCGGGCGAAUCAGCAAGCUUUCAUACAAUCAGACACAAUCCUAGAGGUGCUACAUUUUGGUGAGGGGAGUCUAUUACAGGCGGACUCCGACAUUGAUUUUAGUUUAUAUCAUCAACAAAGCACUUCCCCACAUCGAGGAAACUGCCGCCCUAUACGCUUUGAACCUCCGAUGUUGGACUUCCACGAACAACCAGUUGGAAUGCCUAAAAUGGAGAAAGUUUAUUUACAUAAUCCUAGCUCAGAAGAAAUAACUCUCUGUGAUACUGAUAAGAGCCUAAUAAGGAGUGUGGGCCCGGAGUGUGGGCCCGGAGUGUGGGCCCGGAGUGUGGGCCCGGAGUGUGGGCCCGGAGUGUGGGCCCGGAGUGUGGGCCCGGAGUGUGGGCCCGGAGUGUGGGCCCGGAGUGUGGGCCCGGAGUGUGGGCCCGGAGUGUGGCCGGAGUGUGGGCCCGGAGUGUGGGCCCGGAGUGUGGGCCCGGAGUGUGGGCCCGGAGUGUGGGCCCGGAGUGUGGCCGGAGUGUGGGCCCGGAGUGUGGGCCCGGAGUGUGGGCCCGGAGUGUGGGCCCGGAGUGUGGGCCCGGAGUGUGGGCCCGGAGUGUGGGCCCGGAGUGUGGGCCCGGAGUGUGGGCCCGGAGUGUGGGCCCGGAGUGUGGGCCCGGAGUGUGGGCCCGGAGUGUGGGGGCCCGGAGUGUGGGCCCGGAGUGUGGGCCCGGAGUGUGGGCCCGGAGUGUGGGCCCGGAGUGUGGGCCCGGAGUGUGGGCCCGGAGUGUGGGCCCGGAUCGUUGGAAAUGUAGAAAAUACUUUAUUUAUUAAUACUUCACAUCAUGGAGUCUUCACAUACCAGGUAUUUGGGGUCGGCAUCCCAAACCCUUACAGGCUGCGUCCGUUUAUAGGGGCCCGCGUCCCAGUGAACAGCAGCUUCUCUCCUCUCAUCAACAUCCACAACCCGUUUAGCGAGCCUCUACAGGUUGUGGAGAUGUACUCCAGUGGUGGCGAUCUGCAUCUAGAGCUCCCCACUGGUCAACAAGGAGGAACAGGGAAACUAUGGGAAAUUCCUCCGUUUGAAACAAAAGGAGUGAUGAGAGCCAGUUUCUCGUCCAGAGACGCGGACAACCACACAGCGUUUAUCCGAAUAAAAACAAAUGCUGCCGAUGACCAAUUUAUCAUCCUCCCAGUGGAAGUGGAGGUGUCUUCAGCGCCUGGUAUAUACUCCUCCACAGAAAUGCUUGAUUUUGGCACGUUGCGAUCACAAGAUCGGCCAAAAAUGCUAAAUCUACACCUUUUAAAUUCAGGAACCAAAGAUGUUCCAAUAACAAGUAUACGCACAACACCAUCAAAUGAAGCUGUCACAAUAGAUUUCAAAGCAGUAACUCUUAAAGCAGGAGAAAGCAGAUAUACCAAAGUUGCAAGUAUAAGUUUUGACGCCUCUAAAGCCACAAAACUAUUACACAGUACGGGUAAAAUUACGGUAAAAGCAAAAGAGAAGAGUUACUCCAAACUUGAAAUCCCUUACCAAGCGGAAGUUUUAGAAGGGUACCUGGGGUUUGACCACACGGCAACACUGUUCCACAUCCGCGACAGUCCGGUCGACCCAGUGGACAAACCCAUUUACCUCACCAACGCCUUCAGCUUUGCCAUCAGGAUCCAUAAUGUGACACUGCCGGAGGAGGCCAAAACCAUGUUCAAUGUGCAGAACUUCAGCACUCCCAUCGUGAUCCCGCCUCACAGCUCUCGCUACAUCUUCUCCCUCCUGUUCCGACCGAUCCGACCGUCCAUCCACAUCGACAGCAACCUGCUCCUCAUCACCAACGCUUCCAAGUUCCACCUUCCUGUACGCGCCUACACCGGCUUCCUCGAGCCGCUGGUCCUGCCCCCGAGUCUGAGAGAAAACCUGCUGGACUUUGGCAUCCGCAGCGCGACAGACACCAGCAGCAUCACGUUUGUGGUGGUUAACAGCAAUCCCAUAGAGCUGGAGCUCAAGUCGUGGUUGGUGACGGGGGACAGCCUCUCGAUGGAGCUGCUGAGGACGGAGAAGGGGAACGCCACCGGAGCUCUGAGCCGCCUCAGAGAGCUGCAGAACGCCUCUGCCUCCCCACACAGAACGGCCAUAUUGGCGUCUGGGUAUUAUGCAGUGUUCCGCGUCACACUGAUUGCAAAGUCUCUGGAGGGAACUUACGAUGGCGCCGUCCACAUGACCACAGACUAUGAGAUCUUAACUCUCCCUGUGAAAGCCGUCAUUGCUGUGGGCGCACUAAACACCUCUCCCAAACACAUAGUUUUACCACCUUCGUUUCCGGGUAAAGUGGUGCACCAGAGCCUCAGUAUCCAGAGUUCGUUCACACAGAGAGUUCGCCUGCAGCAGAUCCGCGCUCUCACCGAAGACAUCCGCUUCUUCUACAAACGCCUCCGAAACAACAAGGACGAGCUGGAGCCGAGACGAAAAUCAAAGGUAGCAAAUAUUUAUUUUGACGCCAGCUUGCAGUGUGGUGAUCACUGUUAUGUGGGGCUGCCAUUUGUGCUUAAAUCGGAGUCAAAGCCUCACGGACUGGCUUUACAAGAGGACAUUUGGGACGCAGACGUGGACCUCCACCAGAAGCUCCUGCGACGAUGGAAGGAGCUGAAAGAGCAAAUGGGGCACAAGAUCGAGGCGGUUUUCGAAGUGAACACGGAUCUACAGAAGAACAUUCAGGCCAAAGUCACAGCUCACCUGACUUGGCCUUCCCUCGUCAACUCCUCCCAGAGAAUCACCUUCCCCCUCACCAACACAAACGCCUCCUCUGACGAGGAGGUGAUUCUUCAGAACCCGGCGGAUGUCCCAGUUUAUGUUCAAGUCCUUCCGUUGGCCUUGUUACCAAAUCCUUCAGUGUUCUCUGGAAAACUGGCUGACAGAUUUCCUUUAGGAAACUUGUCCAAUAUCAACAUUGAUGAAAAAACACUUGAGUUUCAAGUUCACAGAAACCAAACCUCUGUGGUGAAGGGCAGCUCUGGGUUUGUGGAGGGAUCAACCAAACCAUUUGUGUACAACUUGCUCCUGUUACCCGGAGAGAUAAAAUCAUUCAAUGUACGAUUCACUCCCACCAGCAACCGCAGUGUCUCUUCUCUCCUCAUUGUCCGGAAUAACUUGACAGUGAUCGACACCAUUGUGCUUCAUGGGCGUGGGACAACAGAGAGUCUGAAGGUGGCAGGGAAGGCGCCAGGACAGGGCAGUUUUCUGAGGUUUAAAAUGACAGAAGGGCUGCUCAGAGACUGCACAGAGAAAACCAAAGUCCGAGAGCCCAACUUCACCUUGAAGCGGACGUUCCGAGUGGAGAACACAGGCCUGCUCCCGAUCACACUCAGACCUGCUCAAAUCAACGGACAGGUCUGUGAGGGCUACGGCUUCAAGGUCCUCAACUGUCAGGAGUUCACCCUCAAACCAAACACCUCCAAAGACCUCAUCAUUCUGUUUACUCCAGACUUCACGUCGUCUCGCGUGAUCCGGGAGCUGAAGCUGGUGACUUUCGGAGGCUCAGAGUUCGUGUUUGUGCUGAACGCGUCGCUGCCGUACCACAUGUUGGCCACCUGUGCCGAGACUCUGCCGCGGCCGAGCUGGGAACUGGAGCUCUACAUCAUCGUGUCUCUGAUCAUGAGCUCCAUGUUCCUCCUGGUGAUCGCCACAGCCUGGAUCGAAGCCAAAAGCAUCUGGGAGCCAUUCAAGAGACGGGUUUCAGUGGAGUCCAAUAAUAUGGAGACUGGGAAGCGGUUUAAUCUCAGUGAAAUCGUGCAGAACCUCAGCAACUCUCAUGGCUCUCCCCCAAACUCUCUCGCCAACGGCUCGGCUCGGCUCGGCGGGCGGCAGAACAGCGACCAGAGGCACAGGCAGGGCGUGAACCGAUCCUCUAUGCAAGCCUCCAUCUCCUCCACUCUGAACAGCAAAGGGACCUCUCCAGACUGUCAGUUCAACAACCGCAAACCCCAGCGGCCUGGCAAGCAGAGCGAGGCCCUCCGAGGGGUCUGUCCCGACGAGGAAUAUGCCAGUCUGAUCGGAGCCAUGGACAACGACCUGGACCGACCGGACAACGCCAACACAGAGGUCCCACAGGAGACCAGCAUCCAGCUACAAGGCAAAGCUUUGGAAUCCAAAGGGAAAGUAAGAAAAACAAAGUCUCAAAAGAAGAAAGAAGAGAAAGAGAAAAAGGCAACUUUAAAAACUCAGGGAGACGAGCUCAAAGAUAAUCUGGCCGAUAACGACGACAGCUCCUCCACCACAACAGAGACGUCCAACCCAGACGUGGAGGCCAGCAUCAAAGAGGAGCCAAUAAAAAAGAAAGGACGAUCAGUACCAACAACAAACGAAAAAGACGAAUCUUCAAAUUUUAUACUCAAACCCAAACCCAAAAAACAAGCAACUACAAAGAAGGAAAACCAGCCUGAAAAGUCUGGUUCCCUAGAGCUGCCGUACAUCACUCCUCUAGAAAAACGCAAGAACUUUCAAUCCAAAACUAUGCACCCUCUCUCCACCCUCCCCAAGCCCCGCCCCCUCCCAAAAAAUAGACAAGAUGGGAAGUCUGAGGAAGGACGUUCUUCUCUUUUAUCCAAAAUGUUGUCGAGUGGCUCGGUGCCAGAGCUGGGCCACAGCAGCAGCUCUGAGGGGGAAAAGGAGUCUGUUUUACCAGAGUGGGACAUCCCUGAUACUAACAUCCAACCGGGCAGUCUUCAUCAGAUCUCGCUCCAGACAAUCCACGCAGACCCAUUCCUCAAAAGAGCCAGCUGCUCCCCUCCCCCCACCUCCCCCAUCCUCCUGUCGCGGGGCUCCUACAGCAGCGUCGUCAACAGUGACACCAGUCUAAAGAAAGCUCCAGGAUCCAAACUCCCCGUGGCCCCUCCGCUCCCGGGGAAAAACGGAAACCCCACUUUUGCUGCCGUUGCUGCCGCUGGUUACGACAAGAGUCCAGGAGGCUCCGGUCCAGGGAAAGGUCUGCACCACAUGACUUCAGUCGAGAGUGACGGCUCAGACAGCUCUGGUUUGUGGAGUCCCAUGGACACGGCCAGCAGUCCAGGCAUCCACUCCAACUCGUUCUCUGCCUUUGGGCCCAACAACAACUUCAACCUGACAGGAGUGUUCAGUGGGAUGAACCUCCCGAAGAGCCCUGAGCCGCAGCAGCAGUCCUGGCCCGACUUCACGCCGGUCUCCUCCUCCAUCUGGGAUGUCCAGAGCCCAGACCCCCUGCACUCCUGGCCCAGCAGCUCUGGCUCACCCACCACUCCCACCGCAUCACUCCUGGGCAGCGGCCGUAACCCCUGGUCCAGCACCACGCCCGUGUUCGGCAGCUCUAUCUGGUCCACAAGCGCAGACUCCGCCCUAAACCCGUUCCCGUCUCCCACCUCCACCUCGGACAUUGUCUCCAGCCCGGUCACCCCUUCCAGCCCGGCAUCCCCCACCGAGUUGAGCCGCACCUACAACCCCUGGAACAUCUGGAGACCCACGCUGAACCGCCGCAGCUCCGAACCCUGGCCCACAAGCUCCAGCGCCCAGCCGGAGAGUGACCAGUGA